AUGAAUUUUUCAGUCAAGGCUGUGCCCCGGGGUAUCAGGAAAACUCCACCCUCUGUGACCUGUGCAUAGGCCCCAAAAAAUGCGCUCCUAACAGCAAAGAAGGGUAUCACAGUUACACGGGCGCCUUUAGGUGUCUCGUUGAGAAGGGAGAUGUGGCCUUCGUGAAAGAUCAGACUGUCUUUCAAAACACCAAUGGGAAGAACCCUGCUGACUGGGCGAAGGAUCUGAAGGAGGAAGACUUUGAGUUGCUGUGCCCAGAUGGCACCAGGAAGGAGGUGAAAAAGGCUGACAGUUGCCACCUUGCCCGAGCCCCCAAUCACGCUGUGAUCUCCCGGAAAGAUAAGGCCCGAUGUGUCCGCACCAAGUUACUCAGCCAGCAGGUAUGGACUGGCCUAGGCCUCCCACCAUUUAUUCUUAGACAGCCGGAGACUACUUAG